AUGCCUGUGGUUAAUGUCGACCAGCUGGUCCGCCUGCAGCGGAAACCAGAAGACAUAAGAAAUAUCUGCAUUUUGGCCCACGUUGAUCACGGCAAAACUUCUCUGACAGAUAGUCUCAUUGCCACCAAUGGAAUUAUUUCACCCAAACUUGCGGGUAAAAUCCGCUACUUGGAUUCUCGUCCAGAUGAGCAGCUUCGAGGUAUCACAAUGGAGUCCUCGGCCAUCUCAUUGUUUUUCUCUAUGCUGCGCCGCCCAAGCCCGGAAGCAGCACCAGUGCCCAAGGAAUAUCUGAUCAACUUGAUCGAUUCGCCUGGACAUAUCGAUUUCAGCAGCGAGGUUUCAACAGCAUCACGUCUUUGUGAUGGCGCAGUCGUUCUUGUUGACGCCGUCGAAGGUGUGUGUAGUCAGACCGUGACUGUGCUGCGCCAGACCUGGGUCGAACAACUGAAGCCUAUUUUGGUUGUCAACAAGAUGGAUCGUCUGAUAACAGAGUUGAAAAUGAGUCCUGCCGAGGCUUUCUCUCAUCUUACUCGUCUCUUGGAACAGGUUAAUGCCGUUAUUGGUAGUUUUUACCAAGGCGAGCGUAUGGAAGAUGAUUUGCAGUGGCGAGAGCGUAUGGAAGAUCGCAUCAUUACUUCUGCGGCUCGGGAUCAAGACCGCAAAAAGCAGUCGGAAGACGAUGAAUCAGCGCAGGUUAUUACUGAGUCUACUGAGUUCGAGGAACGUGACGAUGAGGAUCUCUACUUUGCACCCGAGAAAAAUAAUGUCAUUUUCUGCAGUGCUGUUGAUGGCUGGGCUUUCACUAUUAGGCAGUUUGCUGCAAUCUAUGAGAAGAAGCUUGGUAUCAAACGAACGGUUCUGGAGAAAGUGCUCUGGGGUGAUUAUUAUCUGGACCCCAAGACUAAGCGUGUCUUGGGUGUAAAGCAUUUGAAGGGCCGAGCCUUGAAACCCAUGUUCGUUCAAUUGGUAUUGGACAGCAUUUGGGCAGCUUAUACAGCUACCACAGGUGGAGAUAAAGGAAAAGGAGACCCAGUGUUGUUGGAAAAGAUCACUAAGUCUUUGAAUAUUAACAUUCCGGCUUAUAUUCUUCGUUCACGCGACCCAAAGAACAUUAUGACCACCUUGUUCUCUCAAUGGCUGCCUUUAUCCACUGCUUUGCUAGUGUCCGUGAUUGAGUAUCUUCCUAGUCCACCCGCUGCUCAAACCGCGCGACUACCCGAGAUGAUCAAGACUUCGCCUGGAUCUAAUUUCAUCUCUGAGGAUAUUAAAAGAGCCAUGGUGGAGUUCAAGACCGGGCCUGAAGAACCUGUUGUCGCGUACGUCAGUAAAAUGGUUGCGAUCCCAGAAAGCGAACUUAUGGCAAGCAAGAAAAGGAGCGGCGGCACCAUGACAGCCGCCGAAGCUAUGGAAAUCGCUCGCAAAAAGCGAGAAGAGAUUGCCAAGAUGCAGGCUGAGGCUCGUGACGGACAGACAGAUGAAUUCGAGCGCAUGACCUCAGUCUUCGAGAAUACCUCGCUGAUUACCGAGACUACAGAGGAAACAGUCGAACCAACCGAGAAGGAGGAAGACCCUGACCAUCUCAUUGGUUUUGCACGACUUUAUUCGGGUACCCUUUCUGUCGGAGAUGAGAUCUAUGUGCUACCUCCCAAGUUCUCGCCCGCCAAUCCUCAUGCCAGCCCAGAGCCCAAGAAGGUCACAGUCACAGAUCUGUACCUGAUGAUGGGCAGAGCCCUGGAGCCUCUCCAAUCCGUCCCGGCUGGUGUAGUGUUUGGAAUUGGAGGUCUUGCUGGCCACGUUCUCAAGACAGGUACACUCUGCAGCCAGUUGGAGGGCAGUAUUAACUUGGCUGGUGUAUCUUUGAGCACGCCGCCCAUUGUCCGAGUGGCACUGGAGCCUACCAAUCCUGCCGAUCUAAGCAAGAUGGUCACUGGCCUGCGGUUGCUUGAGCAGAGUGACCCAUGUGCGCAGUACGAACAGCUCCCCAGCGGUGAGCAUGUUAUUCUCACAGCAGGUGAAUUGCACCUGGAGCGUUGCGUAUCGGAUCUUCGGGAUCGAUUUGCUCGUUGCGAAAUCCAGACUGGCGAGGCUAUUGUGCCCUACCGUGAAACCAUCGUCCAUGGCCCCGAAAUGGCCGCACCCAAAAACCCCGAUCUUGGCCGUGGAGCUGUUCUAUCCGUCUCCGCUUCUAAGCAAAUGACCCUUCGUCUGCGGGUGGUACCAAUGCCCACAGCUGUCACAGACUUCCUGACUAAAUCAGUUGGAACCAUCAAGCAGCUUCAAUUGGAGAAGCGAUCUGAAUCUGAAGGAAAGACAGACGCCGAAAAGGAAGCCGAGGCCGUCGUUGAUGGAACUGGCGAGGCGGCUGAAGGUCAGAUUCUGUCCAAGCAGGAGUUCCGUGAGGGACUCAACAAAGUGUUCAACGACGAGGUCAAGGAAGACAAGGAGCUAUGGAAGAGCGUGGUCGAUCGCAUCACAGCCUUCGGCCCCCGGAGAGUUGGCCCCAACAUCUUGGUUGAUGCAACAGCAGUCAACACCUGCGAUAAAUUCUUGGUCGAUGAUAUCAAGCAGCAAAUCGCCGGAGACAACCAUCAAGCCCUGCUUGUGCGAGACUUCUGCGACAAGAUCGCCUAUGCGUUCCAGCUCGCAACAGGACAGGGCCCUCUGUGCCAGGAACCCAUGCAAGGCGUAGCCGUGUUCUUGGAAGACCUAUCCGUGCAAUCCAGCGCAGGAGACGAGCUCGACAUGGGCCGGCUGACCGGAGAAUCGAUCAGACUCGUCCGCGAAGGUAUCUCUGCAGGAUUCCUGGACUGGAGCCCUCGCAUCAUGCUUGCCAUGUACAGUUGCGAGAUCCAAGCAACAACCGAAGUCUUGGGCCGCGUCUACGCAGUCAUAACCCGUCGCCGGGGCCGCAUUCUCUCCGAAGUCAUGAAAGAAGGCACGCCCUUCUUCACCAUUCUGUCUCUCCUGCCCGUUGCCGAAUCUUUCGGGUUUGCAGAGGAGAUCCGCAAGCGGACUUCUGGCGCUGCGCAACCGCAGCUCAUCUUUGCAGGAUUCGAGGCUCUCGACGAGGAUCCUUUCUGGGUUCCGGCUACGGAGGAAGAGCUCGAGGAUCUUGGUGAGCUUGCUGAUAAGGAGAAUGUUGCGAAGAGGUAUAUGGAUGCUGUGCGGAGACGGAAGGGUCUGGUUGUUCAAGGCAGGAAGUUAAUUGAUGCCGAGAAGCAGAAGACUUUGAAGAAGUGA